AUGGGGCCCUUCCCAAACUCUAAUGGUUUCCUCUAUAUUCUACUAGCUGUUGACUAUGUUUCCAAAUGGGUGGAAGCGAUUCCCACCCGGACGGAUGAUGCUAAUGUUGUUCUUUCUUUUGUUCGCAAUAAUAUAAUGUCGCUUUGGAUCACCACGAGCAAUCUUGUGAAGCCUCAUAGGAAGGAUUGGAGUAUUAAGCUCGUAGAUGCACUUUGGGCCUACCAGACGGUUUACAAGACGCCAAUUGGCAUGAGCCCAUUCGGUUUGGUCUAUGGGAAGGCUUGCCAUCUCCCGGUGGAGAUAGAACAUAAAGCGUAUUGGGCCGUAAAAGAAUACAACACAGGAUUUGGGGUUGGAAUCGAAAGGAAGUUACAGUUAGUGGAGCUUGAGUGCCUUCGAUUGAAAGCCUAUGAGAAUUCAAGGCUCUACAAGGAGAAGAUGAAAGCAGUAAAUGAUAGAAACAUAAGAAGAAGAGAGUUUAGAGUGAUUGAGUUAGUUCUCCUCUAUAACUCUAGGUUGUGGUUGAUGCCCAGAAAGUUGAGGUCAAGGUGGGAAGGUCCUUAUAGAGUGGAGAAAGCAGAGCCAUAUGGGGUCUACCACCUAAGACAUCCUUCAAGCCCCAAUAUCUUCAAAGUUAAUGGCCAUCGUCUGAAGUUAUACCAUGGAGAGAAGAUGAAAAGCAACAAAGAGGUUGAGGUGUUCCUUCUUGAGGACAUCCCCGAAGGCGAAGAGAUUUGA